AUGUUACCUCAAUUACUGGAAGAAAUUGAUGAUGAAUACAUACUAGUAUUUAAAGAUUCGGAUUUAAAGAUGAUAGAAAAAGUUGUUAAGGAAAGCAUUGAUAAUUCUGAUGACAGAUUACAUGUCAAGUUGCAACAAUGGCAACUAAGAAAUAUAGAGAAAUUAAUUCAUGGAGUAAAUUAUCCUACAAAAGAAAAUAUACAAAGUUUGCUGAAUGUUUCAUCUGUUUUUUAUUUUGAGGGUCAAAACAAAAAUCAAGAUCUCUUGUCAGAUCAUGAAUUUAGUGAAUUGAAAUCUCAUAUGAUGUCUAAAUUUGAAUUUAUUGGAAUCACAGAGGAAAUUAAACAAUUUGUUGCAGAUAAUAAGAGGAAAUUUAAGAUGGAUAGUAUAGAUGAAAUACAACAGAUUAUAAUUAAAGAACAUGGUAAAUGUCAAUCCAACUUGAUCAACCGAACCUUCUUUAAACUAUUAGAUGAAUAUGUUCCUUGGGAUAGUACUUCAAACUUAGAGAAAAGCCCUGAACCAAUGUACAUCAUUAAUCAAAUUGGACCAAUAUUCAAUA